AUGCCUACAAUAUCUUCCGACAAGAUAUUUCCAAUCACCACUUUCAUCUCAGACCUACCAACCAACCACAUUCCCUUCCCAUCAUCAUCCGAAAAUGGCCGUGUCAGUGGACGCUUGGUCGUUGUAGGCGAUGUACACGGGAUGAGAAAGUCCCUCGAGGCCCUCCUAGACAAAGUCAGCUUCGACAAAAACAAAGGAGAUCAUCUUAUACUAGUUGGUGACCUAGUCAAUAAAGGACCCGAGAGCGCUGGCGUCAUUGAUCUGGCUAUGAAGCUAGGCGCCAGCGCUGUGAGAGGCAACCACGAAAAUGCCGUUCUUAAUUCGGCCGCGGGGAUCAACACCACUAAGGAUAGUCCACUACAUCCCGAAAGCUUGAGUGGCAGUUCGGCCGUAGCUGAGAAUCCCGAAGCCGACCUACCCGGGGAUAAUGCUCGAGAUGCCGAGAUUCCCGAUAAAAGCGGCCCUGCUACAAGCACCGGCAGUUCUACAUCGCAGACUACGGCAUCGGUACUUGCGAAGCACCAGCUCGACUGGCUUGCUGCUUUGCCUUUGAUCUUGCGUGUCAAGCUACCUCAUGUCCCAAUAUCCUCCCUCGGCGACACAUUAAUUGUCGUACAUGCGGGUCUCGUUCCUGGUAUCUCACUUGAAGAGCAGGAUCCACAUGCUAUAAUGCAUAUGCGGAGCCUCGUCUGUGCAUCGGGUGAUGAUGAUAAAUUCAUGCCAGCUGAAGUUCCCGGAGAAGAAAGCUGGGUCAUUGAAUGGGACCGGUGGCAGGAUAGGCUAGCAUCCAAGACAACGGUGAUAUUUGGACACGAUGCGAAGCGUCGUUUGCAGCGAGGCAAGUAUGCAAUUGGGCUGGACUCAGGGUGUUUAUACGGGCAUCAAUUAAGUGCGGUUGUGAUUGGGGUUUCCAACAAGGAGAUUGAGCAUCAUGUUAUUCAAGUCGAAUGCGUCGAUGUGCCUAUAACCCCAACAGUAUCUGUGGAACAAGGCGACAACACUGCUGAUGGAUAA